ACCACCGCCGCCAGUGCACAGCGUCAGUGGCCGUGCUUUGUACACUCGGAAUUGUACAAGUUGUAUUCCCGCUAGCCUAUAUAUUUUUGCGCUGCUUAGCAAAUGUAUUUUUGAAAUCCACCGUUAGUAGAUACAUACAUGAACGAACAAAUUUUCUGAAUCAAAUGAAAAUUCUCAAACAGCUGUUGCGUUUCGACGGGGCGACUACGCGCAAAUAUUGCUGACUACAAAAUUAUUGUGAAUAAAUUGUCGUAUAAAACGAAUUAGGAAAUUUAGUGAAGAAUUAAUUUGAACGCGAAUGUGUAAAAAUUAGUCCUUAAAUAUCAUCAGAUAAUUGGUGCAUUUUGGUUAUAACGAAGUAAAUACGUUUCAGUGAAUUUUUGUGAAAAUUUUCGAAACAAAACUCGACGAAGCGACAAAGAAAUAUAGUUUAAGCGUUUUUAGUGAAAUACCGAAAGAAUAACUUAAGAAGUUAACAGUAAUUGUUGUAAGUGUUUAAAAGCGAUGUUCUAGAAACAUCAACCAUCUACGUCAAAAUACAAAAUUGUUAAACUCGAUCAGCUGAAAUAUCAACACAAUGCCUUUCGUUGCACCGAAGAGCACAGCCACCAGUACCACUGGUCGCACCACCUUUCGCCCGCCAUGGGUAAAGGACGACACGACCACCAAUGCCAAGCCCACAGUACCAUGGGCGAAGAAGACAGCAGCUGCAGCAGCCGAUAAGGAUAAAGAAAAAGAGAAGGAGAACGGCGAGAAACCCGGGUCUACUGCAGCGCUCAAGAAAACCGCGGCACCAGCAGCCAAUUCUAUUGCAAAGAAAGCAACAGAGACAACAGCGACGACCAAGAAAACUGCUGAACCUCUUAAGAAAGCUACAGUGGAACCAGCUAAGAAAGUGGUUGCGCCCGUUAAACGAGAUGCAGAGCCCGCUAAAAAGGUGGUGGCGCCGGUCAAGAAAACGCCAGAACCUGUAGCUGCCAAAAAACCCACAAUAACGCCUGCGUCCAAAACAGCUGCUGCUGUAAAAAAGAAGGAACCAACUCCGUCAUCAUCUGAAGAAGAGGAAACUGAAGAGGAGGAGGAGACUGAGGAAGAAGAGAGUGAAGAGGAGGAAGAAAGCGAAGAGGAGGAAGAAAGCGAAAUAGAGGUGGACGAGAAAGAGCUGGAGAACCUCGAAGGGCUUUCCGAUCUUGAAUUCUCCGAAAACGAAUUUACACAACCCUCGCUACGCCUGGGCGUUAAGCUCAAGAAGACACCACAAGUCAAGAAGAAGGAGAAUGAAAGUGAGUUAUCAAGACGUUUUUCAAUUGAAAAACCCAAAUUACGGCCAGUCAUGGUCAAACGCGAUAAGUCAAUGAAAAAGGUAGAAGGUGAUAGCGGCGAUGAAGAGGAGGAAAACGAAGAAGAACACGAACGUCAAUUACGUUUUAAAUUAGAGAAGCCAAAAUUGCGGCAUGUGAAACGCGAAGAGAAGCCCUUGCCAAGCAAGAGCACCGAGGAUAUUAUGAAAAUACGGCCAGUAUUGAAAAAGGUAUCGAAAAUCGAUGAAAUACUCAAAGAGCCGAAAGAAGAGCCAAAGCCUGAAUUCAAAACGAAACAGUUGCGCAAAGCGCCGGCAAUCAAACGCGAACCCAGCAUUAAAAAUGUCCCCGCACCUCCACCGCUGCCUUCGUUGGUACCCAGAGCGCCACCACCACCACCACCACCAGGCGGCCCUGGCGAGAAGCGUCAGCUGAAUGAAUCACAAAAGGCCACCCUAGAAAAGCUUAAAUCUCAGCCAAUUCUGACAUGCAAAUCAAUGACGAAAGUGGAUAAUAAAUUCAUUUACGAAACAGAGAAGGACAACUCGCACAAUAAACUACUCAAACAAAUUCAAGGUGGUAUUAAACUGAGAUCCACACAAACAAAUGAUCGCAGUAAACCAUUCAUCGAGGGAUUGCGGAAAUUCCGCAAACAAAUGACCAUCGAGGAGCAGAUACAAAAGUCCCAGUCGAAGAUUAAUUUGCUAGCAGAGGCUGCUACUGCUGCUGUUGGUGCUGCGAGCGGAUCUGCUGGCACCAGCGACCCGGCUGCCAUUACUAACAGCAUUGUGGCCGCUCUCUCAAUAGACGAUCCCAGCGGUGAUGAGCUCGACGAUAUUGAUAAAAUACGCGAUGACUUGCAAAGCACGAAACAAAUGUUGGCGCUCGAACUGCGCAAUCGCGAAGCGCAGGAACGUGAAAAUAAGAAAUUGCUUGCGCAAAUAGCUACUUUAGAAGCGGAGUUGGAACGCGAGAAGUCGCGCGAGAAGAAUCUAGAAUAUGGCUCACGUAUUAUUGUGGCCACCAUGGAUCCCACACCGGCAAGCGAAGAGGCAUACAUGAAUUCACUCAAGCAGGAAGCAGAAGACGCACGCAAGACGGCCAAGGAUCUUGAGAAGAAAUAUCAUGAUACAGGCGAAUUACUUGAUCAAGCGAAGAGCGAGAUUGAAGAGCAAAAACGUUCGAUACAGUUGCUGGAACGUAAAUUAGCGCAGGCAUUGCAGGGUAAUGUGACGCCCACACCCUGUCCCAUAUGUAGCAGAAGGCAGCAAACCAAAUUUUUUUACUCAUACGAAGACUCAGAUGAUGAGAAAUCAUAUUAUGGCUUUGAAAACUGUGCUAAUUCCUACACUAACAACAAGGGCGGUGGUUCUUUGAAUGGCUCAAGGCGUCCAAGCGAUGUGCAUGGCGGACGCGACAGCUCGCCGGAAUUAGAUCUGGAAAUGAGUGAGAGUGAUCCUGACGAGCCGGAAGAGAAAAAGGUGGAACGCCGCGAACGGCGCUUGACAAAGGAAGUGAAAGUGCUUAGGAGCAAAUUGACUAAGGUAAAGGUUAAGCGAGAAGCCGCUAAAAAGGAGAAAUUGGCACUAAAGCAGGCUAUGAAAAAGAAUCAUGUCAUACUCAAAGAGGAAAACAAGAAGUUCAAAAAGUUGGAAAAGGAAGUCCAGAAGAUGGCUGCCUCCAUGAAGGAAGAGGAAGAGGAUGAGGACGAUGAUGAAGAGAAGGAUGAGGAGGUUGAGGAGAAUGAUGAGGCAGAAGAGAGCGAAGAGGAGGAAGAAGAGUCGGAGGAGUCGGAAUCCGAAGAAAGCGAAGCGGAAACAGAAAGCGAGUCCGAAGCGGAGGAGGCCAGCAAUGCUGAUAAAAAGAGCAAUUUGGAACCGCGCGUAAAGAAACACGAGAGCCGCCUUUUAGCUAUGAAAAAAUGCAAUGUGCUGCUACAGGCCAAUGUUGAUAAUUUGCAAGAUGAGAUCACUCAAGUACGCGCCAAGGCAGCGAACUUACAAGCUGAACUGGAUGCGGUUUUGGCUGAUCUAGGUUUCUAAACUAUAUCAAUAGAAUUUGUGUGGAAAAUGGCACAAAGGCGCGCAGCCGAAACCGAUCAUUUUUUCAUAUUGUAUUGCGAUAUUUAUAGUUACUUUUUAUGUGAAUAACUAGGACUCUUUUUUUCUAAUAAACCACUUACCUUAUCAUAUAAACGCGA